UAAUUUGUAUAAAGUUGCAACAAAAUUCAUUGGUUGAACUAACAACAAAAUGCUUGGAAGAUUUUCUCGCGCACGGCAACCAGAUCAACAACAACAACAACAACAACCACAACAAGAACCACAACAACAACAGCAACAGCAAAAUGUUAUUUUUAUGAGUAGAUCUGGAUUGACGAUGCAGAGAGAACAGAAUGACAACGUUGUUGUGAUAACGGUAGACGAUGAUGAGAUGAAGUUAUUUAUUCGCAAGGUAUAUCUGUACGCAAUUAGCUUUAUUUUGACCACUUCCUGCAUCUGGCUGAUCAUCUCGAUAACCGAAUACAACUUCAACCGGGACGUACCAGUGCCCUUCUUCGUGUGGCUUAUGUUGGCAUUCAGCUUUAUGGUUAUACUGCAAUGCUGCCCGAAUACGCGGUACAUCUUCCCCAUCAACUGGACUUUGGCGAUCGGUAUAAUUGUCUUCAUAACGCUGGCAGGGGCCUGUAUCAUGCACGUGUAUUCCCCAUUAACAGUGGCGAUAGUACUCACAGCAGCCGGCCUUGUGGUGAUAUUGUUGCACCUUUUUGGUGCCUUGUGCCCUCGGAAAGCGCUUCCGAGCAGCCUAAUAACUGGCUGCUUAAUGCUUGUAUUGCUAGUAGCUCUGAUUGUUUUCAUGGUGCUCAUGUUGUUCAUUGAAAGUCCGGUCUAUGCACUUGUCUUUUUCAUCCUGCUGUUCUGUGUGAUAUGCCUCAGUAUACCCUACCACGCGCAAUUUAUUAACGGACGCUUACAGAUUGUGCCACUCCUUGAUAUGCUGUGGUGUGCCCUCACCAUUUACAUUGAUUUUUUCAUGCUCUUCUACUGCAUAGCCUUUUUUUACAUAUUCUACUUUCAAGUGAACAAUCAAUCAGCGGAUUAACUUUGAAAUCAGAUAUCAUAUGUAAUAUGUAAAAGAAAUGAAAUAUGAAAAUUAUCAAACAUUAUCAUCAUUUUAUUUCUAAUACAGUUGCAGUAAAAUAUAAAAAUCGAAUGUAAAUAUUAU